AUGGGCUGCGCGGCAGGGAUCCCACAAAUCCAUCGUCAGGAUGCCAAUGUACAGGCACAGCAGAGACCGUUGCAGCUGGGCCACAAGCUGAGUACGACGAAGCAGCUUUGCCCGGCUUCAACGCAGCAGAAGCCUCAUCUGUGGGUGGAGUCCUCCUGGGAUUCUGUCACAUGGAGAGAUCUUCCGAAAGGCAUGCCUGUUCCGCCGAAUCGGAUCACGCACCAAAACCACCUCAGGAUCAUGAACAAGUUCCGGAAGGAAGUCGAGGUCCAUCCGGAAGCUUUCAGUGACAUUGUCACUGCACGGCGGCAAACCAGCACUGACUGA